AUGUCUGAGCCGUACACUUUUCAGAGGAUAUCGGUGUAUACACCAUUACUGUAUGGUGCUGUUGUGAUACUGUCAUUGCUUGUGUUUGGUUCGCAAUAUAGAAAAAGACAGGUCCAAGAGCUGAGCCAAUUGAAGUCUAUUUUUGAUGAGAAUGAGGCUAGAGACUUGUACUUCCAGAUAAAAGAAAAACAAGAAGAAGAGAAGAUUCAUGAAAAGGUUAUCAAAGCAGCUUUAUUGAACAGAGGUGCCGAGGCUGUUAGACGUUCUAUCAAGAUGAAGGAACUGGGUCCUCAGAUCGAACUCUUGUACAAGAACGGUGGCAUUGGUGAAGAAUAUUGGAAACGUUUCCAAAAUGAAAUAAAACUAAUUGACCUGGAAUUCAAAGAUACUUUGCAGGAAGCCGAAAGAUUGCAACCUGGUUGGGUUCAGCUAUUCGUCGGUCUGGCAAAGGAAAUAUGUUUCAAUCAGGCGUUAUCAAGACGUUACGAGUCCAUUGCAAAACGCAGGGAAACAUGCAUAGAGCAAUGGGGUCUCAAAAUCGAUGAUGAAGGCAGAUUGAUCGAAUAG